GUGGCGGCUCUGCUAAUGCUAAUCUUCCACACAGACAUGUGUGGGUAAGCCCUAUGAAGCCAACGGUGACAGCAACUUUUCGACCUCAUUCUACUCACUAGUUUAUAUUGUUGUAACCAUGUCGUUUUGUUUUAACUUCGAUGUUCCAAUACAAGCUAGUCAGCAAGACGACGCACAUGGAAUUGAAGUGCAAAACGAAAAGAAAGAUAAUGCUGCUACAUGUACACAGGAUAACACCAGACCAGCAGAGCCAGUAAAGGAGGCCAAAGAACACCUUCCACCGUCUGACCCACAGUUCCUCUUGGAGGACGCUGUCUCUGAAACCGUCACCGUUGGCACUCUUCCUCCUCUACACUUCCUCAACGAGACGGUUUUUGAGAAAACUGCCUCUGAAAGAGAGGAUGAUGAGAAAAUUCUCUCUCGCACAGCAGAGCAGAGGUCUGACCUCAUCUCCGGCAUGUAUGAGGGCGGACUGAAGGUGUGGGAGUGCACUUAUGACCUUCUGGAGCUCAUUGAGAAAGAGGGCGAGACCUUUGGGGGGAAAGUGGUCUUAGAUUUGGGCUGUGGUGCUGGACUGUUGGGGAUAUUGGCACUAAAGAGAGGAGCCAGACAUGUCCACUUUCAAGAUUAUAACAGCACGGUUAUUGAGCAGCUCACAGUGCCAAAUGUAAUAUUAAACUGCCAAGCAGAUGAUGACACAGAGAGUGAAGACAACAAUAAAGGGAGGGGCAGGGGAAACAUACAGGAGGAAGAUGGUGGUAAAAAUACAUUGAUAAAGAAACAAGAGGUAGAAGAAGGCAGUCCACAGCCAAAGAAGCAAGCCAAAGACCUAUCCCAGCACCCAUUACUCGCUAAGUGCCGUUUUUAUUCUGGUGACUGGAGCACAUUUCUUCCACUGGUAUUAAAAACAAGCCCACAUCUCAAAUAUGACAUCAUUGUCACCUCAGAGACUAUCUAUAACACGGCUUACUACACUGCCCUUCAUGAGACCCUCCACAAACUGCUAGCACCAGAUGGUCUUGUCUACGUCGCCACCAAAUCCCACUACUUUGGUGUCGGCGGUGGACUCCACCUGUUUGAGACUUUUGUGGAGCAGAAGAGCGUUUUCUCCGUGGAUCACCUGUGGGAUGGGGAUGAGGGACUACAGAGGCAUGUAGUCACCUUACGUUUUCAAAAGCAAAAAGACUCUUAAGUUAGGUCUGUCAGAGGCUCCUGUACUCGGCAAUAUUAGAUUUAUUGAUUUGAAUGAAAUAAAAUUGAUCUUGUCCUGAGUCUGCAGCUUAUGUCAUUGAAACAUUGGCAGUACAUGGAAUAAUUCUAAUAAAAAAUACUCUCAUCUCCUA